AUGCAGUCGAGCCGAACCCAUCAGGGCGUGACGGCGUUUGUCCGAAUUGGGAAACUGGUGUGGUUAUUUUCAUCUACUGGAAAGGCUAUGUUUGCCAAGUUCCGGGACUCCGCUGAUGCUGCGGACGAUCAGCCUGGUGAGAUUGAACAGAGACCGGACGUGACUGGAUGUCGAAGAGUCAGAUCCCCAUUCGAAGGAAAUGCCCCUGCAGAUCACUUCCAGCUGGUCGCUGAGUCAGAAAGGGUCUUGCAGAGCCCGUCGGCGGGCUAA